GGCGGCCUGCGGUGCCCGGGGCGAGCGGGGGGCGAUGCUGGGAGAGAGCCCGGCUGUUUCCUCAGGAUCCGGCGGCGGCGGGGCCUUCUGUCACGUGACGCCCAGGCCGCCCCUGAGGAGAACCGCCUCUCAAGAUGGCGGCGGCGGUGGAGGCGGCAGCAUCGCCUCCACUCCCCUCAGCAGUUCCACUCCUUAUUCCCGCCCGGCCGGGAGGAAGCCGCCGCCGCGGCGGGGAGUGACUUUCUCCGAGGAGGUGCUGGAGCACCCGGCCACGCCGGCGAGGAGGCUGCGGAGGAGGAGGAGGAUGAGGGGAGCGGAGGACGACGACGACGACGUGGACGAGGAACGGGAGGGCGACGAAGGGGAGCCGAGCGAGGAAGCGACCCUCGCCGCGCCCUACGGCCUCCGCUCGGCCGGGAGGCGCCACCCGCCGACGCCGUUCCGGAGGCCCGAGAGGGCGGAGGACCGGCAGGCCCUGCGAGAAGCCUCGGCCGCCGCCUCGGAAGGGAGUAAAAACAUCUUGGGAAUUGCAGAUGACUCUGAGCUUGUUCGACCAGCUCUUAGAAGAAGUCCAAGGACAGGGCUUUCUUAUGACCAAGCCAGAGACUCUACAAGAAAUAGAUCAGAACAUGAAGCAACUGAAGUGGAGAGUGAAAACAGACCUGAAAUCUGGCAUGAUAAUUUUCAGUCAGCUAGCAGAUUCAUAGAAGAUGCACAUUAUUUUACUCAGAAACCACAAGGGCUUAAUCAGAAGACAAAGUUAAGAGCGAGAACGCAAGCCCAUGUGCCAAAGAAACAACCACAUGCUGCUCCGAAAAGUUCUAAACAGUCUAAUCGGGGACACGCAUUUGCAUGGAUUCUGCCACUUAUAGUAGUAGUAGUAGUUUGCCUUGCUGGUGGUGGAUGGUAUGUGCUUCAGUAUUCAUCGUACCGUAGUUUGGAAAAUAACCUGCGAACUGAAGCCCUGAAAGCAUUUCAGAAACAAAUGAGAGAUCUCAUGAGCAGCUACCCAAGUCAAGACAAAAAGUUGUGGAAGGGAAUCCGAGUCAUCUUGGAGAAACGCCUCAACUCUUCUCAACCGUUUUUGCAACCAGCUGUUUUAUUGUUCACUGCAGCAAAAGAAGCUGAAGAUGCCUUGAAAUGUUUAAGCAACCAGCUUGCUGAUGCUUUCUCAUCCUCGCAGCGCGCUUCUACAAUAAAAAUUGAUGGGGCCAGCAAAGCCACUCUAGACAGUGAUGAUGUCAAACUCCUUGUGGACGAAGAGUUGAGUUCUGGGUUCAAGGGAGGCAGGAAGGUGGCAGUCGUGCAUCGAUUUGAGUCGCUGCCUGCUGGUUCCACCCUGAUAUUUUACAAGUACUGUGACCAUGAGAAUGCAGCAUUUAAGGAUGUUGCCCUACUUUUAACUGUUCUUCUGGAUGAGGAAACUCUAAGAAAGGACCUUAGCCCACUGCAAGUUGAGGAGAAAGUGAGGGACUUCCUCUGGGCUAAAUUUACCAACUCAGACAUGCCAGGUUCCUAUAAGCACAUGGACACAGACAAACUGAGUGGGCUGUGGAGCCGCAUAUCCCACCUGGUCUUACCUGUGUGGCCUGAAAAUGUCCUUCCUCAGGAAAACUGUUUGCAGGUGAAAUAAUAUUUUUGUAAGAGAGAAUGGAAACAAUACAGCAUGUGUACAUCUAUUAAUGGCUGGAUAGGGUAUGUAUUUCCAGCUUGGUAAUCAGAACUGACUCUUAGGUGUGUGCUUCAAAAUUUUAAAUCUGAUUUAUUCCUUUCCAAAUAAGCUGGAAAUUCACAUAUUAAGAACUUGUAGAGCAUAACAUAGUUCUGUUUAUGUGACACUCCUGUAAUUCUUAGAGUUCAGGACCUUGCAUCUCAAAAGAAUAUGGAUUGCUAGAACUACUUAACAAUUUGAAGUCGGAGAAUAUUGCAAAUGGGAGCAACAAGUUAAUGAAUAGUAAUAAGCACAUGGUUCUGUCUUCUUUGUACUUGAAGUGUAUUAGAAUAAAAUGCAAACUCAAAGCUG